GAACUUGCCUCUGUUGGCCGGUUUAUUCACUCUAUCGGAAAGUAGUCUAAUGUCCUGCCUGUGUUCACGUAGAAUUUGGAUGUCCUACAAUGCUUCGAAUCAAUAAGUUGCUGUUGUCAUGUCUCUGUCGCUCAAGAUCCACAUCAUUGACGGCAAUGUUACGAAAACGAUCGUAUUCGACCCGGCCACCACGGUACAUGAUGCCUGCAGGAUAAUCAGGGAGAAAUGCACAGAAGCUAUUGGACAACCUUCUCUCUAUUUCUAGCCAAAGACUAUGGCCUAUUUCUCACUGACGAAGACAACAAAACCGGCAUAUGGCUAGAGCCGGCCAGAAAUCUGGAGUACUACAUUCUCCGUAAUGGCGACACCCUUGAGUAUAGAAAGAAGCACCGCCCUUUACGUGUGAAGAUGCUUGACGGCGCCAUCAAGACCAUGAUGGUGGACGAUUCGCAGAUCAUCGCCAAUUUGAUGGUUGUUAUUUGCACGAAACUUGGCAUCACCAACCACGAUGAGUACUCGUUGGUGCUGGAGGAAGCCGAGAAUCAGGAAAAUAUCGACAACAGGAAUUACGGAACGUUGACGUUGAAAAGGAAGAAAGAAGAAAGGGAGAGGGAUGCGAAAAUGGAACAGCUGCGAAAGAAGUUGCAUACAGAUGAUGAGGUCAAUUGGUUGGAUCCAUCGAAAACGCUAAGGGAACAAGGCAUAGACGAAAACCAGACCGUACUUCUAAGAAGAAAAUUCUUUUUCUCAGACCAGAACAUCGAUUCCAGGGACCCAGUACAGUUAAAUCUGUUAUACGUUCAAGCUAGAGACGCGAUUUUAAAUGGUACUCACCCAGUUACUCAGGAUAAAGCUUGCGAAUUUGCUGGAAUUCAAUGCCAGAUACAGUUUGGAGACUACAUUGAAACAAAACACAAACCUGGAUUCUUAGAUCUGAAAGAGUUCCUUCCUCAAUCCUACGUCAAGGUGAAAGGUAUCGAAAAGAAGAUCUUUCAGGAGCAUAGGAAAUGCCAGGGUUUGAGCGAACUAGAUGCAAAAGUGAAAUACACGAAAAAUGCCAGGUCACUGACUACGUACGGUGUCACUUUCUUCCUGGUCAAAGAGAAGAUGAAAGGGAAAAACAAGUUGGUGCCGCGGCUUUUGGGUGUCACCAAGGACUCCGUUUUGAGACUAGACGAGAAGACGAAGGAAAUCUUGCAAACCUGGCCCUUGACCACUGUCCGAAGAUGGGGUGCCAGCCCAAACACAUUUACGCUAGACUUCGGCGACUACUCCGACCAAUACUAUUCUGUACAAACCACCGAAGCUGAACAGAUCCAGCAGAUCAUCGCCGGUUAUAUCGACAUCAUCUUGAAGAAGAAGCAAGCAAAGGACCAUUUUGGCAUCGAGGGUGACGAGGGUUCGACUAUGUUUGAAGAGAGCGUAGCACCGCACAAAGCCACAAUAUUACAACACGAGUCAAGUAAAGUCGGAAAAAUCGAAACAGAAUCGUUGGCUAAACCUGCUGUAAUGAGAGCAGCUGAUGGAGAAAAAACGUUCAGUAUGGGCAUGAUGAGCAGUACGCAACAGAUCACAGUGAGUGGAAGCGUCAAUUAUGGACAUGCUCCACCAAAGACGACUACCAUCCAACAAACGAGGAUCCUCCAGGUGAUGAACGAACCACAACGCGCACUGCUUUCAACUAUUUCGAAAACUCAGACGAAGAUCAAGGAAUCUGAGAUCGAACUGGAAAGCAAGGCGGUCAUUCCCGAAUUGGGCACCGACAUGUCGGCAAGGAAAUGGAAGCAAGUCACUUUGGACACCAGGAAACAGAAUGUGGGCUCACAGAUCGCGGCUAUGAACGCGGCUACCGCUCAGGUUGUCACCUUAACGUCAGGACCCCAGGAUGAAGUCGACCAUCAUGCAGUUGGUGCGGCGAUCACGACGAUUGGUAGCAAUCUGCCAGAAAUGACAAAGGAUGUCAAGAUGAUAGCAGCCUUGAUGGACGACGGAAACAUGGGCGAAAAGCUUUUGGAUGCUACCAGAAAGUUAUGCAGUGCGUUUAGUGACCUGUUGAAAGCUGCAGAACCAGAAUCCAAGGAACCGAGGCAAAGUCUACUCAAUGCAGCCACAAGAGUGGGAGAAGCAAGCACCCAGGUCCUUGCUACCAUCGGCGAAGAUACUGUUGAGAACAAAGAAUUACAGGAUAUGCUGCUAUCUCUUGCCAAAGCUGUGGCCAAUACGACUGCUGCUCUCGUACUUAAAGCUAAGAAUAUAGCAUCCACUUGCGAAGACCAGCAGACACAGAAUAGAGUAAUUGGAGCAGCAACACAGUGUGCUUUAGCUACUUCACAAUUGGUAGCAUGUGCAAAAGUAGUGGCACCUACUUUACAUUCACCUGCUUGUCAAGAACAGCUCACCACUGCCAUCAGAGAGGUUGCCAAAGCAGUUGAAAACCUGGUGUCCAUCUGUAACGAGUCAUGUGCAAAUGAGGACUUGAAAGAUCAACUUCAAAGUGCCGCUGCAGAAGUAACCAGAACAUUGAAUGAUCUCUUGAACCACAUGAAACUAGCGUCCCGAGAGCGGGCCAAGGAGUCGAUCCAGGAGCACAGCGUCGAGGAGAUCUACUCUGCGACCGACAAGCUGACGGCGGCCAGCGGCGAUGCCAACGAGAUGGUGCACCAGGCGCGCCGAUUGGGCCAGGCCACGGCGCAGCUUAUCCAGAGCAUCAAAGGGGAGGCAGAGAAUGCGCCCGAUACGGACCUGCAAAGGAGGUUGCUGGCGGCCGCGAAGACGCUCGCCGAUGCGACUGCCAGGAUGGUGGAGGCGGCCAGGCAGUGUGCCAGUCAUCCACACGAUGUCAACUACCAAGAUCAGCUACGCCGGACCGCCGAAGAUCUACGCGACGUGACAGUUGUAGCUGCCACUACGCCUCAACUACGCUCCAAACUAAUAGACCGUGUCAACUCCUACGCAAAGAAAGCCGUCGCCUCAGCAACUCAGUGCAUCACCGCGGCGCAGAAUUCGCUCACGUACAACACCAAUGCCGUGACCAGAGAAACUCUCGUGCAGGACACCAGAGAGCUUUCCGAAACCAUCCCACUUCUGAUCGAGGCGGUCACAGCAAACGCUCAGAGUCCUGAAGAUACCAACAGUCAGGUGGAACUUAUGUACGUUGCGGAGGUCUUCUUGCAUCCAGCCGGACAGUUCGUGCAGUCGUCUAGAUCGGUAUUGCCAACCAUCACCGAACACUCAGUCUGCGAACAACUCUCCACCACCACUCAAAAGUUCAACUCUGAAUUGAACGAGCUGCACACCGCAUUGAGCAGAGCGAAACCGGCCUGCCAGGGACUCGGCCUGGACGCAUCGCUGCAGAUGAUCCUCGACUUGCAAGAGGAAAUAAGAGAAGUCGAAAGGUCGGUGGCGGCAAGGAGGUUGAGGCCGUUGCCAGGCGAUACGGCUGAGAAAGGAGUGCAACAGCUGACUGCCAGCAGCAAGCUGGUUAACCAAGGUGUUGCUCAAAUGUUGAGCGCAGCUGCUCAGGGUAACGAAAUGUACACUAGCCAAGCUUCAAGAGACACGGCGCACAGUCUUAAGAAUUUCACAGGUGCUAUCCGAACAGUCUGUGCUACCACCGACAGCGUUGAGACUCAAAUGAAGAUCAUCAGCUCUGGACAAGAAGUAUUGGAGCACUCAAGCAAAUUAGUAAACGAAGCCCAAAAGAGUCUGAGCACAGUCGGGGUUACGCCAGGUCUCAACGCAGUCGCCAAGGAUAUCACCAAAGCCUUAAACGCCACCGUGGGCUGCCUUCCAGGCCAGAAGGACGUGGACAACGUCAUCACCAACAUCAUUGAAUGGUCAUCUUCCAUCACCACCUCAUCGACCUUCCCACACACCAACAAGAGCUACGGAGAGCUGCAGCAAGAGCUGAACACUGCUGCGGCGAAUUUGAACGAGGCCAGCUCCAGCGUGGUGCAAUCGGUGCAUAGUUCGGUCCAGUUGGCCUCCUCCUCAAAAGACUUUGCCAAUGCGUAUAGCGAUCUGUUGAAUGUGACUAUGGAGAUGGCUGGACAGACGCCGGACACGCAGAUUAGAGGAGAGAUGGUGCACUCGUUGAAAAAUGUUUCUACUACUUCCAGUGCGUUGCUUACAACUGCCAAGUCGCUUUCGGCUGAUCCGAAUCUGCCAAACGGUAAGAAUCAGUUGGCAGCUGCCGCCAGAGCUGUAACAGACAGCAUCAACUACCUAGUGAACGUGUGCACCCAAGCGGCACCAGGCCAGAACGAGUGCGACAACGCCAUUAGGAAAAUCAAGGCGAUGGGUUAUUUGCUGGACAGCCCCACCGAGCCUAUCAACGACUCUUCCUACUAUGAGGCUCUGGAUAUGGUGAUAGAAAAAAGCAAAGUGCUAGGCGAGGGCCUAUCUGGUAUUACGACGAGUGCGAAGGCUUCAGAGCACGAGCAGUUCACGGAGCACGUUAAAAGCUUCAGCAGCGCCAUCUGCAGUCUGAUAGAGGCAUCUGCACAGUCGGCGUAUUUGGUUGGUGUUUCCGAUCCGUCAAGUAUUGCGGGCCGUCCAGGCUUGGUAGACCAAGCCCAAUUCGCCAGAGCUUCCCAGGCUAUUCACCAAGGCUGCGCCGCACUGUCGUCUCCCGCCAGUCCCCAGAAGCAGGUUCUGGAAGCGGCCACUUUGAUCGCAAAACAUACCAGCGCCCUCUGUAACUCAUGCCGAACAGCCAGUUCCAAAACGACCAAUCCCGUGGCGAAGAGGCAGUUCGUGCAGAGUGCCAAGGCGGUGGCGAAUUCCACGUCGGCACUGGUGAAAGAGAUCAAGACUUUGGACGCGAACUACAGCGAAGAGAAUAGGAGGAGUUGUGCUGAGGCUACUAGGCCUUUGUUAGAUGCGGUCGAAAACCUGUGUGUCUACGCCAGCUCUAGCGAGUUCUCAACAAUCCCAGCUAAGAUCGCACCACAAGCAAGACAAGCCCAACAACCGAUUCUUGAGUCUGGCAGAAGGCUCAUUGACAGUUCGUGUGACGUUAUCGCAGCAUCUAAGAACCUCAUUGUUAUGCCCAAAGAUCCCUCUACAUGGCAACAGUUCGCUGCAACGUCCAAGAAUGUGUCUGAUUCUAUCAAGCAGUUGGUGAUGAAUCUGAAGAAUGAAGCACCAGGAAGAAAUGAAUGCGAGGUUGCAGCUCAAAUUAUUACCAGUCUCCACAAGACAAUCGACAUGGCGUAUAUGGACGCCGUGUCGCAAAGUCUGCAGCCUAGACGUACUGCAACGUUGCCUGCUUAUACCCAGCAGGUUGAAAGAUCAGCUGCAGGAAUGCUGGAUACCAUCGAACCGUUACGUCAUGCUGGCAAAUACGAAGCCGAAAAUAUUGGUCAUGCAGUCACUCAGCUGGUCCAAUACUUUGAACCUCUCGUCGAAAGCACCAUCGGGGCUGCUUCCAACAUGACCAACUGCAAGCAACAAGAACAAAUCCUUGAUCAGGUUAAAUCUGUCUCAGAAUCAGCUUUACAACUUAUUUAUGCUACCAAAGAUUGUGGCGGAAAUCCAAAAGCUGUCAACAUUCAUCCAGAUAUAGACGAAUGCGCUGUUUCAACAAGGGAAACCCUCAAAGAUUUGGUACAAACUCUGGAAGCGAUUUCGACUCAAAGUGGAAUAGUAUCAGGGGUUGUUGACAACCUCACCCGAUCUAUGACUAGGCUUUCUGAUAACAGAGCAUCACUUGUCAUCUCUGAUAGUACGCAAGGAUUCGUAGAUUAUCAGACCAGAAUGGUGGAUUGCUGCAAACAAAUAGCGAGGAUAGCAGGAGAGAUCGCAACCAAGGCUGCAACUGAUACACAGAAGAUCGCACAGUUAUCGGCUGAUUUGGCUCACAAGUACACUCAAUUGGCCAAUGAUAGUGUAGGUGCGGCUGCAGCUGCUACCAACGGAGAAGUGGCUAUGAGGUUGAAGGACGUCGUUCAGCAGUUGGGCGGAGCAUGUGUAGAACUUGUUCAAACCAGUGGCCAGUGUCUAGUAAGAAAAGAUGACAUCAUCUUGCGGGAAGUAGGAGAGUGUUCUAGGAACGUCAGCGAAAAAGUGUCGAGAGUAUUGGCGACAUUGCAGUCUGGAUCUAGAGGCACCCAAGCCUGUAUUAACGCCGCAUCUACGGUCUCUGGAAUUAUUGGUGACUUGGAGACAACAAUCAUGUUUGCUACAGCUGGCAAUCUCAAUCCGGAAGAUGAACAUGAGUCAUUUGCCGAUCAUAGAGAGAACAUUCUGAAAACUGCUAAAGCUCUCGUCGAAGAUACGAAAACCCUUGUUGCUGGAGCAGCUUCAUCGCAAGAACAGCUGGCUGCUGCAGCACAGAACUCUGUUGCUACCAUUGUGCAACUAGCAGAAGUUGUGAAACUGGGCGCAGCCAGUUUGGGCUCCGACAAUCCCGACUCUCAAGUAAUGCUUAUCAACGCAGUACGAGAUGUGGCCAGUGCUUUGGGGGAUCUGAUUCACGCUACGAAAGCUGCUAGUGGGAAGCCCAUUAACGACCCUGCGAUGAGUUAUUUGAAGGAUAGCGCUAAGGUGACGGAUUCCGAAACGGAAUGGUGGAUAUCAGACAAGGAAGAAGAGGAACUGUUGAGACUGUUGAGUGACAGUCGUGAAAACGUAAACUCGGACGAUAUGCAGACGGAUAUUGUUCAGUGUUUAGUGUCGGCUUCUUCUUAGGUUGUCUCGCUUUUGUUUUCUACUAUACUCUCUUUGCACUUAAUCAACUUCUCUAGUCUGCCAGUGUGAUUAUUUUUUUUAUGUUGUCGAAAGGUUGUUGAAGACGUUUAGGAUAUUCGAGAAACAUUGUGGAGUAUCAACAGAAUAAAUCCAGAAAGGUUCUUGCUUAAAUAUCUACCAGUGGUUUCAUACAACGCUUAACAUGGUCAUAUCGGAGAAGCAAUAAUUUGAUUUAUUUAAUUAUUAUACAGCACAAUAAAGCACCUGUCCGAUCGUCAAGGAUAAUUCCUUUGGCAACUCUAAGAAAAAAAGGCCUUAUAAAUUAAUUUGUUAUUAAUAUGUCCGAUAACGCGUCAUUUCCAAGUAUCAUUUUUUUUUUGAAAAUUCGUAAUUUUAUAUUAAUGACGUGAAGUGUUCAGGGGAGGGGGUCGAGUCUCUGCAAAUAUCACGUAGUUUAUCCCGCAAGAAAUUACGAGACAAUUGGGAUAAGUUGAUAUGCUGCAAUACAUGCGCUAUCUACUUUGCAUCCAUCACAAAAGUUGCAUAUCGACGUGCAUUUUUAGUGUUCUUGACAAUGGAUGGUUUUAACAGAGCGUUUUAAGCGUUUUACCCAGUUUUUUGCGAUACGUGAUGAUCAUUCCGAAAAAAUACCAUGUUUAUAUGCACUUUUUUUCUUAGAACCGUGGAAGGAAAUCUACCCUUUAAGUUUACCAAGAACUUUACUAACAUCAUGUCAAUAAUGUUGAAUAAAACCAAACGAAUUUAUAUGAAAAAUAAAAAUGCAGUGUUAAUAUCUUGCUUAUUCGGAAUCGAUAGUUUAUCAAAAUUUUGAAACCCUCACAGUUAAAGUAUCCAACAUAUCAAGUUCUAUUUAGAUUUUACACGGGAAAUUGAGAAAAACGUCACACGCACGUGCUUUGAAGAACAACUACGAUAUGUAUGAUUUAUUUUUGGAAGUAUAAAAGUAGCAACUCAUUAAGGCCAUUCAAGAUUGCGAAUACUAGUAAACAAAAUGUAGACAACAAGGGUUAGUUUCAUAAAAAUUUUGUUUGGAGCGAAAGAAUGAUAAUGCAUUUCAAUACUUUAUUGAAGUGAAUAUCGCAAAAUGCCGCAUUCAGAAUUACAAUGGUGAUUGAACUGAUUAAUUUUUGUUUCCUUAUGAUUGCAAUGACUUGCUAGAAAUUCUACUUGAGCAAUAUGUGAUGUGAGACUGCGUUUCUCGAGUAUUCUGAACUGCUGAAGAUACUUCAUCAUUGAGUGUGCUACAUAAAUUUCUAGACUUGAUAAUACAGACUCAUUUGGAAUUUUUUUCAUGUUUAUAAAUAAAAUUGUGUGAAUUCAGUAGUAACGUUUUAUUUUCUCACAUAAACUGGUAUGUACAAUUCAGUUUUAUGCAGUCUUUAUACUCCUCAAUAACUACAUAGACACUUUUCGCAUUAUUAAUAUAUUUCAUUUACAGAGUAUCGCUUCGUUUCUCUUUUGCUUCAAGAUACGCUAUACUUUUGUUUAUAUUUAUUUUGUUUGAAAAAUAACUCAUUUGUCCAGCUUUCACAUAAUUUAUCUAAACGCAUGGUCUUUUUUCUAGUAAGAUUCAGCAUAACUAUGCUAAAAAACUUAUUUUACAGGUUAUGGUCACGAAUGUUACAUCACUGUUAAAAACCGUGAAAGCUGUUGAAGAUGAACACACCAGAGGUACGCGAGCUUUAGAGUCGACCAUUGAAGCAAUCGCACAAGAAAUGAGGGCAUUGUACUCAAACGAUGGCAUUAAACAAGGCGUGACUGCCGAAGACUUAAUCCGAUGUACUAAAUGGAUAACGAACGCUACCGCAAAAUCAGUGGCAGCCGGAAUAAGCAACAAGCAAAAUGAUCUCAUCGCUGCCGCAAAUCUGUCGAGAAAAUCCAUAUCUGAUAUGUUGGUCAUUUGCAAGAGCGCAGCAUUUAAUUUGGCUGAAAGUGCAGAACUCAAACAGGAAACACUGAAUACAGCUCGUGACUGCGCAAAACAAUUCAGAGAAUUGUUGCUUUUAGUACUGCAAGGAGGUGGUACGGCAGAUGUCAAACAAAUGUUACCGCUAAUUUCAAGAAAAAUCGCACAAUCCGUUACUGAACUUCUGAGCAUCGCGAAAAGAUUGAAAGGCUCUGACUGGGUUGACCCUGAAGAUCCAACAGUCAUAGCAGAAAACGAAUUAUUGGGAGCUGCAGCAUCCAUAGACGCAGCUGCAAAGAAACUGGCUAACUUACGGCCGAGGCAACACAUCAAGACUCAAGACCUGGACGAAUCUAUGAAUUUCGACGAGAUGAUCCUGGAAGCGGCAAAAUCUAUCGCGGCAGCCACGUCAGCCUUGGUGAAAGCAGCAUCUGCUGCCCAACGAGAACUGAUCGACGCGGGAAAGAUGUCUGGCACCCCCGUUUCGUCUUCAGAUGACGGACAAUGGUCCGAAGGACUCAUUUCUGCGGCUAGGCUAGUGGCUGCUGCUACGCACAGUUUGGUGGAAAGUGCUAACGCGCUUGUGCAAGGAUUGGGUAGUGAAGAUAAGUUGAUAGCCUCAGCGAAACAAGUGGCCAGUUCAACUGCCCAGUUGCUGGUAGCGUGCAAAGUGAAAGCAGAAGCUGAUACCGAAGCUACACGUAGACUUCACGCUGCUGGCAAUGCUGUGAUUCGAUCUACGGACAAUUUGGUGCGUGCCGCGCAGCAAGCUAAGAACGUAGAGGAGGAAAGAUAUUUGAUACUUAACAAGAAGAUGGUCGGAGGGAUGGCUCAGGAGAUAGAUGCUAGGUCCGAAGUAUGCAGGAUAGAAAGGGAAUUGGAAGAAGCCCGCAAUAAACUAUCUGCAAUUCGACAAGCAAAAUACAAACUUAAAGGUUACGAUACGUCGGGUGACGAUACUGAUGGUUACAUUAGUUCUGCUCCUGAAACCGAUUCAAUGCGAGUGAAGGUAUGUUUUACUAAAGAGUCUGUUACGAAAUAAGACGGAUAUGGCCAGACGACCGAUCAUCGUCCACAAGUUCCGCCACUUCCAAGACAACACUAUCCAGAUACUUACAGUCACUUAGAAAGCCCGGAAAAGGUAAACUCCCUGGAGCGCCAGAAACACACUGACUCUCUUCGCUCUCAAAUUGACAACCUGGACAACACUACUUACGGCGCCGGAGCCAAUUCGUACGGCCAAAACAACUUUCCUUCAGGUUACACCACGUUCGCACAACAAGCACCUAAAUUAUCUUCAUCGGCAGAUUAUUCUGACGGUUACACCAGCUCGUGCCCUAGCCACUAUAGUGGGUACGAUAAGGGAGAUGCGUCCAGUAUGCAGUAUCAACCUACAAGCCAGUACCAAUCUUCCAGCCAAUACGAACCCUCUGGUCAAUAUCAACCAUCGAGUCAGUACCAAUCCAGGCCCAGUCCCCAAAACCAAACUAGUUCCCAGUAUCAGUCGAAUCAGCAGUACCAAAAGACAUCAUCAACGCAUACUCCAGGUGCUCAGUUUAGCCCCACAUCCCAUUACCAACCUUCUCAGUUUGUCCCGAUUUCACAACCAUCUGACUACUUUGCAAAAUCGGAUUCAAAACAAUACUCUGACGGUUAUUCUAGUUCGGAGUACGUUUCCAGUACUAAAAAAACUCCCGAAGGUUACAAGACCAACACUUACAAAUAUGAAAGUUACAAGUCAACAGCACAGCCUACGUAUUCUUCCAGUAGCGAGAAAUAUUACACCAGUGUACCUGGAGCUUCAUCUCCUUUAGAAAAGAAAACUUUCGAAAAUAUCGGUUCUCCUUUCGAUAAAAAGAGUUUUGAUACGUUCACAAAUGGCGGAGACUCACAGUUUCAGUCCUCAUUCUCUACUAAUAUGGAGUACAUCAAUGAGCCUCCGGUACUUAAGGACGAUGACACAUUAGAACAAAGGAUGUUGAAAAAGUCAGUAACUCAGCAAAUUAUAGAAAAGAAAACAAUAUCCAUGACAAAGAGUAGUAAACAAGAAUCUUCUACAAGAAGCUUUAAAUUCGUAUAAGAACAAGCCCAUGCAUUUCAGCCGUUUUCAUUUUGUUUCUUAAGAUUUUGGCCGGCAUUAUUACGAUUUAUUUUAUAAUAUGAGUUGUGUCUGACUUUCAAGUAGGAGUAUUAAAUGAAAAUUUACUAUAUACUAUACUAUAUACAUAAAAAUUAGUGAACACCGAACUUUGAGAUCUGCCGUUUUUUUUUCUGUGUAAAUCUAAUCAAUUUUAUACAUUUUGGGCCUUCUUGUACUUAUAAAAUGUUUCAAGAAAUAAAUAAGUGGAAUGAUUUGAGAAACGGUACUGGAAUAGCAUGAUAACAUGAAAAUUUACAGUUUGUAGGCUUUUGAGCACUACUUUCAUAAAAUUCCAAAGCGUAUUCUGUUCACUUAUUGUUUACCCUUCUUACACAAAUAUUACAUUAGCAACUAUAGAAUAUACAAAUAUCUGUUCUGUUUGUCCAAAACUUUAUUAAUUUUUAAUAUAGAUAGAAGCCUCGAAAUUACGCGCUGUAGCAUGAGCUUCAAAAUGUAACUUAUCGAGCAUAUCACUAUUUUAUAAGGAUUUCAAUGGAAUGUUAUUGACAAUCUUUUAGGAUAUUAGAGUAACAAAAACGCUGCCAAAAUACCCAAUAUUUUGUUGCUUUUGAAAUUCCGCACAUUUUAUAUCAUUUUGUCUGUGUAAGUCUCCUUAAUUUGAGAUGGUGCUAAAUACACUUCACUUAAUAUGUCUUUUAUAUUGGUUAACCAAAUAUUCUAAUUUAGUAAUUCUUAAGUGCCAAUAAUGAAGAUUUUAUUAGCUUUUUAUGUCUUGUUUGUUAAAUAAGCUGUACAUUAAAAAUUGAAUUUAGUUUUUUAAUCUUUGGAAAGUGCCUGCUAAAAAGCUUUCUCAAAUGUAAUUAAGAGGAUUUUUAUAGUGCCUACAAAUAUUUAUGACUUUUAAUGGAUGUCUUUAAUAUGUAUACCUUUUCAGGAUUGUUGUAAUUUUCUACACAGAAUUGUAACUUGUACCAUGUUUCAAUAAAGGUUAUUUAACAUAGUUUCUUGAAAUAAAUUCGUUAACCAAUGCUAAGAUUGAAUAAAUAUAAAUUUGUUCUAGUUCAUUUAAAUCAGUAUUUUUCAAAAGUGGACCAUUACGCGCUGGGGCCCGCCGAGGGGUGUUGAUUUGAGG